AAUUCAUUACAGUGAUUACUAAAAAUUCUAUACUGAAAUGUGUUCGUCACGUUCUGGCUUUAAUGUAUGGUUAUCUGUCUUUUAGAGCAAAUAAAUCGGUUUGCAGGCUUUGGGAUUGGUUUAGCAAGUUUAUUUACAGAAAAUGUGCUGGCUCAUCCUUGCAUUGUUUUGCGUCGGCAAUGUCAGGUUAAUUAUCAUGCCAAGAAUUAUCACCUUACUCCAUUUACAAUCAUCAACAUUAUGUAUAGCAUCAAUAAAACCCAGGGCCCCAGAGCUCUUUGGAAAGGAAUGGGGAGUACUUUCAUUGUCCAGGGUAUAGCCCUUGGAGCAGAAGGCAUCAUCAGUGAAUUCACACCCUUGCCAAGAGAAAUUUCAUACAAAUGGAAUCCCAGGCAAAUAGGAGGACAUCUGACCCUAAAAGCGUUGACUUGUAUCAUAGCAAUGCCUUUUUAUUCAGCAAGUUUGAUUGAAACUGUGCAAGUAAGUUUUGAUUUUAUGUACAUAUUUGCAUAUUCUUUUGUAUAAUUCUGGGGGAACUGGAAUUUGAAGUUCGUAGCCUUGGAACUGAGCUUUUACAUUCUGUCUUAUCUCUUUUGCUUCUGAAGGAAAAUAGUUAACAUUUCCAAAAUCGUUAGAUGCACCUCAAGAUCAGGUGUCAUAUAUUUGUUUUUUAAUAGAAUAACAUUAUUUCUUUCAGAAUCUCAUUCAAUUCGCUUAAUUUAAUUUCUAAAAUGGAAAACAUAUUAACUAUAAUGAAUAAUAAUUUUUUGAGACUAAUGUGGCCCACAAACCAGCAAGUAGUGUCCUUCCCAUGCAUUGCUUUUCAAAGUGCUUACCACUUGGUGGCACCCUAAGAACUUCAUAAGCCAUUUAGCAUAAUAGUUUCAGAUCUGUGCUUUCCAGUCCCGUUCAUUUAUUUAUUUGAUUUCUAUAGUCAUCCAUUUCAAUAAAUGAUUCUGGGCAGCUUACAA